AUGAAAUUAUUAUUAUUUUUAAUAUUAAUAAUAAAUUUAUUAAUAAUUGUAAAUGGUAAAUUACAAGGUAAAAUAUAUAAAUAUAAUAUUAAAAAAAAUGAUUGGGAAAUAGAAUUAGGUAAUUUACCAGGAAGUUCAUCAAAAUUUGAAAAUCAAAAACCAAACUUCUUAUAUAAAACAAUUGUAGACCCUCUAUCAUUUGUUGCAUUAAAAUUUGAAAUUAAUGAUAAUGAAAAGAAAGACGUUAAAAUCAGUUGUAAUGGUGGUACAAGUCAUUGGACAUUCAAAGAUAAAUUUGGUGAUAUUAAACCAGACGAUGUAAUUAGUCAUAAUUAUGUUAGUAAAACAUAUUGUGCAAGUGAUAAUUUUGCUCCAUAUUUCUGGAACUUCACUUGUGAAAAUCAAGUUUUUCCAUGCUCCGUAUCUGCAAGAAUUGAUUUUGGAAAUAUGAAAGGUUGUUAA